CAAAAUUAAACUUCAGCCAAAUGGAUCACCGACACGGUUGUGUCUAGAGUGUACGGUUUAGUGUACACCGCGCCGUCAUCUCGUCGUGUCGCUCUUUUGACUGCGCUGUACCGCAAAUCAGCAUGACGACGGCGCAAUGUUUUCGUCGUUAAAGUUUUCCACGCUGCGAUCGAAGAAACACACGUCUCCGAAGCAAACCGUGCAACACCGGAAGUCCACGAGCAAAUGUAAGGAGCCUACACGGCUUCUGGACAAGGUGUGUUCGACUCAGAAAAGCGAAGACAAACGAAUGGUCUCCAAGCACGCGAUUUACGAGUCCAGCAACUACACAGAUCAAUAUCAGUAUGUGAAGCACAAAAUCAUAGACGUGUUCAUCGAACGAGAAGACGGUAGUCUCGGGAUAGUGCUGCGUGGUGGUGCACAUCCGGACCCUGACAUGUGCAAGCCGUUGACCGUGACGCACGUCAGACCCGAUGGACCUGCCGACAGAGAAGGCACAAUUAAGGUUGGUGAUCAUUUAUUAGCCGUCGACGGCGUUUCAUUGAAUGGCUUGAUAUUGGCUGACGCUGAUGCAAUACUCAGACAGUCGGACGGAGCAUGCCGAUUGACCGUGCGAUACCAAGUAUCAGCGGCGGAUCGAGUAGGUAACACCACUUGUCCAAUGUUGGUUGAAGUUGAAAGUCCAAGACCACACCAAUUAGGCUUAACUUUGACAAACACGAUCAAUAAUAGCGCGGUCGUAGUUGAUCACGUAAAACCUGGUAGCAUUGCCGAGCGAUGUGGUGCUAUAUUUCCUGGUGACCAGAUAGUGGCCGUCAAUGACACAAGGGUGGCCGGGUUAAGGACAGCGGCCAGUGAUGUGUACAAGCUGCUACGAACGUGUGGAGGAGCUCAGUCCACUCUCAGACUAGAAAUAAUACCAGCAUUUACCACAGACUUAAUACACGCCGAAUAUUGCUCGUCGUACGAUUCGCGUCAACAUUUGUACUCCGUCUACGAAGAUCCCAUCGAUCCGGUAGUUUGGGAACCAACGGAAACGCACAACGUGGUCCGAGUAGAUUACACUAUAUUGACUUUGGUGGCAGACGAAAAUGGUCGGUUCGGAAUGGAUAUUCGAUCGAAUAACUUGGCACUCGUCGUUUGUUAUAUUGAACCGGGGGGACCCACUGACAGGACUGGUUGCGUGCAAGUUGGCGAUCGUAUACUCUCUGUGAACGGGUGCAAGAGCACCAGUUUCGUGCCAUUAUUCCAGCAACCACUGCACGAUUUUUUAGGACCCGAAGUAAAAAAUGCCUGCAUUAAGGUGGAGUUUGAUAUAACAGACUUUGUAGUUCCCACGUCGGGAGAAUUCACAGUGAAGCUGCUGAAAAACGACUACAGAAGUCUCGGAAUCACAAUAACAGACGAUGGCAACGGGCAAGUGUGUAUUUCGGAAAUCGUACCUGGAUCUAUAGCUCAUCGGUCGGGCACGUUAAAAAUAAGCGACACAUUGUUGGCCGUGAAUAAUAAAUCACUGAGUGAUUGCACUAGACAAGAAGCAAGUAGUAUACUCCAAGAAGCCGGAGACGUGGUGACGCUGCGAGUACGGACUUCCAAUACAGCGAUAGAUGAUUAUGAAAACGAAGAUGAUUUGGUUCAGUACACAGUAGAACUAUACAAAAAAGGAGAACCUUUGGGUAUUACCAUCACAGGUUCGGAAGAUUCCCGAUUACCAAUUUCUAUACAAGAAUUAUCACCAGGUGGACUGGCCGACCGGACGGGCGCCAUACACGUGGGCGACCGUCUGCUGGCGAUCAACGGCGCAGACCUGUCCGAGGCGCCGCUGUCCACGGCCAUAGCGCAGCUGCAGAACACCGACGACCGGGUGGUGAUCACCGUUUCGCGACCGCAACAACGGUCGUUGUACACCAGCGCGGGUAUGCUGUCCGGGUCAGCCGCGGCCGCGGAAGACUCGGCCAUCGAGUCGGACACCUGUACCCGGUCGGCGCCCAACCUGCACGAGCCGACGCCCGACCGGAUCGUGUUCCGGCACCGGUCCAAGAGUGCUCAGAGGAAGGUGCCGGAAUUCGACAGCGACUAUUUCGGCGGCACUCUCCGUCCGUACUACAUACGCGAGCACGCCGACUACGAUAUCGACAGUAUAUUCAAGAUAGCCGAGAACCAGGACAGGGACGGGCUGCUCGAUUUCGACCUGUUCCAAGUUACUCUAUUCAAGGACACGGUGUACGAAGAUUUCGGUUUCAGUAUAUCGGACGGUCUGUAUGAGCGAGGAGUGUUCGUCAACAAUAUCAGAAAAGGUGGACCGGCCGAUUUGAGUGGCAUGCUGAAACGAUACGACCGUAUAAUUCAAGUGAACAACACCAGGACAGACGACUCCGACUGCUGUCUGACCGUACCAUUGGUGGCGUCUGCUGGAGACAAAAUCACACUGACCGUAGAAAGACGGAACAACAUGCCGAGAAUUCAAUUUCCUUAGUCAAUUGAUAAUCACAUACUUACCUGUAAAAUUUACUACUGCAUAGAAUAUUUAAAAACUUGAUUCCACGAAAUCUAAUUUUGUUUUAGGGCUGAGGACUCCUUGCGUUCUAUAUACGUUUGAUUUAUGUAUUAUUUAUAAUAUUUUAUUUUUCAAAACGUACUACGCAUUAUGCAUUAUAUUGAUAACAAGUAAAACUCUAAUCCUAUAAUAUAACCAUCGUAACUAUUUGAUAAGUAUUAUUCGUCAAUAUUUCAAUUUUAUUUUAAGUUAAAAUCUAUAUUAUAAUAUAAUAUUAUGUUACAUUUUUAUAUUUAAUUUUUUUAUACUCAUUAUUUUUAUUUUGUCCGUUAAUUAUAAAAGUGAUUGUUUAUAUGAGCGCGUGUGUGCGUGUGUGAGUGAGUGAUGUGUGUGCAUGUGUAUGCGUGUGUUUGUACAUGAUCUUUUUAAACUGGAUAUUUUGGAUACCUAAUUGAAUGUAUACUAUAAUAAACUGUAAUUUAAUAAUAAUCA